AUGGACAAAUUCUCUGCCUUUGGAAAGAACAUAAGUUCUGCUUUCAACUCAACCGUCUCCCCAUUUGCACAACGGAGUCAACAGUAUCUCAAGGAACAGUUCGGUGGAGUGGACGACAAGACCCAACUUCCUCCAGACUACGUUGAACUCGAAAAGAGAGUCGAUGCCUUGAAACAAGUCCAUCAAAAGCUCCUCGCUGUCACAAACCAGUACUCCAACGAGGCUUACGAUUACCCCCCUAACAUUCGUGAAUCCUUUACCGAUCUUGGGCGCAGCAUUUCCGAGAAAGUGACUCUGCUCUCUCAUGCUUCAAGUCCCGCCGAAGCACAAGCUGCCAUCACUGCUCCCCCCUCUGCGAAACCUCAGCCCAAGACUUUCAAUCAUGCCAUUGCACGCGCGUCCCUGGCUAGUUCUCAGCUUCUUCAGCAGACAAACCCCUCCGGUGACGAUCCGCUAGCCGCCGCGCUCGAGAAAUAUGCAUUGGCAGAGGAGAAGGUUGGAGAGGCUCGAUUGGCCCAAGACCAUGCAAUUCUCUCAAGAUUCCUGGCCGGUUGGAAUACUACAUUGAACACCAACAUCCAAUUCGCCGUCAAGGCUAGAAAAGCGGUCGAAAACAGCCGCUUACUGCUGGACAGCACCAAGGCGUCGAAGAAGAGCCAGGUCAUCGGCAGGGGAAUGAAUCCAGAUGAUGAAACCGCUUUGAGCGAGGAAGCACGAGCUGAAAUUGAGGCCAAGGAAGACGAUUUUGUUUCGCAGGUCGAAGACGCCCAAGGCGUUAUGAAGAAUGUUCUCGAUACCCCAGAACCUCUCCGAAAUCUGGCCGACCUAAUCGCGGCACAACUCGAGUACCACAAGAGAGCGUACGAAAUUCUCUCCGAGCUUGCGCCCGAGAUCGACCAGCUCCAGGUGGAACAAGAGAGCAACUAUCGUAAGAGCAGAGAGGGUGCUUGA